UGACAACGAAACAUCAACACAUAAGAAAAUGUCGGUGUCAUCGGGUUAGGAAAUAAAUACUGAGUAAGAUUUAGUGCUUUAAGAAUUAAUAGUUUUAAUGAAACUCAUGGUGUUUAAGUAGAACAAUGCAGUCGUCAAGGAAAACAGUUGCCAAAAAAGUAAAAGAAAAAACGCAAGAUGACAUUCCUAUCAAGAAACAAGAUGAGAAAUUAAAGAGAAGCGUAUACAGUGUCACCACACCACGUUCUGUUCCCCAAAAAUCAAGUACAGCGGAUAUUUAUUCUCGACAAAAAAGCGCUUUAAAUACUAAAAAAUCUACGACGAAUUUAACUAGUACGUCAUUGAAAGAUAUAAAACAAUUGAAGAGUAAAUAUUCGCCAAUUCCCGCCACGUCAAAAAUCGAAUCUGUCAAGCCAAGGACAAAAGUGUUGCCAUUUUCGGUCGCGGUAAAUUCGCCGAUAGCGAAACGAAAAAUUAUCAAACAGGAGUCGGCGAUCGAGGCCCAAAAGAAACCUGACGAAGUAAAGGUUGAUAAGGAAAGACAAAGGAAAAAUACUAGAACGUUAGAAGACCACGAAGUGAAGGUUUUAAAUGAAGUGGAUAAUAAUAGUGAAAUGAUUAAUUUGACAAAGAAAUUAAAAGCUCAAUCGAAGGUUUUUUACGUUGAUUUAAAUGGGGAUCAGUCUAAGGAUAAGGAACCAAGUGAAGAAGAAAUGAGUUAUGAAGACGAUUUUGAGAGUUACGAGUCCGAUUUCGACUCGUACCACAGUUCCACUCACACUGAAGAAUCGUUGAGUGAGAAAGAGACAGAGAAGCAGUUGAAAGAAGAGAGUAUGCUUGAUUCUGGCACCUUCGACCUGCGCGAGCGAUCAGCGAAAACAAUGCCAAUGGAAUUCAUAAUAGAAGAUACAGAGAAGAGAACGUCUCUAACAGAUGAAGGGUUUCAGGAUAUGUCCAGUUCGAGUGCUGUGUCCAGCAUGAAGACUGUGCACGUGGAAAUUCUAGAACGACCUCUAUUCAUCGACUUCACGAAAUCAAAGGAAAACAGAAGAAAACGACGCAUUUGUGACAAACAAAAGCAACGGGCUAAAGAUAUUUUAAGCAUGGUAACACUGCACCAAAUGUCAUUUACACUGUUCGAAAUGAAACCGAUUCCCUACGAGUUAUAUAUGGCAACAUUUGGUCGUGCUAAUUACACCCAAGUUGCUGUUCAAACGUUUGAUGAUGGUAUCACUGAGGAGGUACAAACUGACGAGAUUGAAUAUGGCAAUAAAUGGACGCAAUAUCCAAUUAAAUUUACCAAAAAUACUGUUCAUUUAAGUAAUGUUAAAACUAAAAGAGAUUCUAAUGAAAUUGAACUUAAAAUUAAUAAUUUAAUCAAAUAUAAUCAAGAAACUGAUGGUAAUGUCGAUGAAGAUUAUAAAAAAAAUCCCCUAAGAAUAUAUUUAGAACAGAAAGAUGGCGCUGGUGAUGACAAAAUGCUGCCAUAUGACAUUUAUAUGUCAAAAACUAAAUGCGACUACAAUGUAAACAAAUUACGCAAAUUUCUAAAGAAAGUUGAUGGUAGAAUAUCCAAUAUUUUGAGUAGAAAUACUGGCAACACAACAACAAAUUUAAUUGCAACGAAAAAAUAUCCAUUUAGUAGUGGUUAUAUAUCAAUUUCAAGUAAAGAAUUAAACAAAUUCAAGCUAUUGCAAAGCACAAAAAUUGUCGGUGUAGUGUUUUCAGAGACAAAAACGAAUUUAGUAAUUACAAUACAUGGUAACACUGAAGUUACGCUCAAUCACAAUUGUGUUGUAUGUCUAUGGGACUUGAAUGUUGCUAUAUUAGAACCCAUUAAAGUGUUAAUUAGCAAAGAACAGGUAGAAAUUGGGAGAUUAAGAGGAAACUUUGAUGAUAUAUUUGUGGCUGCGCUUAGAGAUGGAACAGUGCAUUUGUGGGAUCUAUCUGAAGAUGCAAAUUGGAAUUUCGGAUCUGGCAACACUCAUGACGAUGUAAAGAAAGUUACGAAUUACAAGUUACGUCAAUCUGCGUAUACGAGUAGCGCCUCAAAUUUAGAAUUGGGCCAUACGUUGGAUAUAAUUGUAGGUUUAGAAUUCGUUUCUGGCAACACAAUGAUUUUGGAAAAUGGAAAUAAACUUUUGGGACAGAUUUGUGUGUUGCUACAGCGUGGAAUUGUGAUUAUUUAUUCAAUAAUUCAAGAGAAAAAUAAAAAUACAUCGCACGAUUUGGGAAAGGCAUAUUGGUCGAAAAUAAAACUAGAGAAGUAUCAAGACAUUAAUAUAAGCGACUAUAUUGUGCCAAAUGAACUUAAAAUGGAUUUCAGUUUAAACAAAGCCAAGAAGCAACUAAUCCAUAGACGACAAGGGAAACAUUUUUCGCGCCCAAAAUCCGCCAUGACACAUGACAAAAGUGUUGCCAGUAAUCUCACGCAAAAUUCGAAUUGGGAGAGUGGAAUUGUGUGUAACGCAUUGAAAAUUGUCAAUUAUAAUAAUGUUGAUAGAUAUUUGAUUGGAAAAAAUGGCGGGGAAGUUUUAAUUUUGAAAAGAAUUGGCGGGAAUAUUAACAUUGACAGGUUGUAUGUUACUGGUGAUUCCUCAACUGUAACGGUUUUAGAAGCGUCGGGUCUGCCAUACUUUUUAGCCGCCACCGAUACGGGGACCAUACAUCUAUGUUCUUUGUUGGAGGGCAGAGUUCUUCUUACACUGGACAGUCGAAAUUCUCCUGCAAUUCCAAUGGAAAAAUGUCAGGCGGACAGCAAAGGUCGUUAUUUGGGAUCUGUGGCGGCUAAGCAAAUUAAUUAUGAUUGUAAAUAUAUGGAUUCUCAGCUCUCAGUAUCUUCGUUGGUCUGGUCUCAAUGUGACCCAUUCUAUAUAAUGUCCACUGUGAAUAACCGUUUGGAUGUAUGGAAACUGACCCAUAGUGAUAUACGACCAUACAAGGUGUAUGAAAGAACGGCGAAGAGAUGCAUUGCCAGAGAUCGGAACGUGGCCCUUCUAACCACAGAUGGAGAUGUAGAAAUUCACAAAACUACUCAAGAUAACAAUAUGGACGUCUUUGAAAAGUAUAUAUCGUUAUUAUAGACAAUAUUCCUGAUUGGGCGAUUCAUAUUUCUAGCAAUUUCUUAUUAAUUAUU